CGAAAACCCAGGCACAAUAUUGCAGGACCUCGCUCCUUUUUUCCCCCACGUACAGACGAACAGCCGCUCGCAUCAUCGCACCUUAUCGUCACGACGAGCGACGUUUCCUCUACAACAUCGUCGACCGGCGAGAUCGGAUAUAACCACAGCCACCCUGGGGAGCUUGUCGAUUGAUUGAUGCAUCUCCGGCCACGACUAACGCUCCCUGGGCACGUUUAGGUCUAAGCGCCUUCAACCCCCGCUGCGGUCCCACGGCUAGUCGCGUUCAGCAGCGAGUCGAGUCAGCCACUUCCGGGCGCGCUUGAGCCAUGGCUCGCGGGACGCAUGCCAAUCCGACGACAUUGUCAGGCAAUGCGGGCGGCAACAGCGGGGCACCAUCUUCCUCGUCUGCCAAUGCUCCAGCGUCGCAUCAGCAGCAGUCAGGCGCUCAGUCGGCGACGACUGCGCCGACGGACGCCUCCGCCCAUGCAGGCUUUGUCAACCUCGGCAACACCUGUUUUCUCAACUCAGUUCUCCAGGCCACGUCCGCCACCCGGUCGCUGAGAGAGCUCUACCAACCUGAGUUAUUGGAGGAGGUAGCGAAGAGCUCAAGUUCUUCUUUGCCCCUGGAGGGCAUUAUAUCGGGCAAAAAUACCAGCAGCGAGGGCGAAGUUGGUGUCACAGAGGGUCAGGUUCUUCUUCAACAACAAGAGGAUCUGCUCAGCGCCAAUGCAGCGACCGGUUUGGCUCUCGAGAGAAGCCGGAGUCCAGUUCUUGCUCUGGCCGAUGAGGAGCACGGCAGGGCCUGGCCUUUGUCCGCGUCAGCCAGCGUGGCGUCCUCCAGACGAGCCUCGAUAGAGCCACAGCAGCAGCAGUCCCUCCGCGCCUCGGCUGCUGCUCUGGUCACGCAGGAGAAGCCAGCAGACGAAGCAGUGGCCUACCAGCCUUCGUCGUCGGACUUGCCACUUAACACGGCCUUUCGUCAGGUCCUCGAACGCAGCUGGGACACGGGAGCCUCCUUCAAAGCACCUUCUCCAUCAACAAAGCGCAAAACAACGCCCAUCAAUCCCAAGAGAUUGCUGGACAUCAUGUCGUCCAAAUACGAUCAGUAUGGCGAGUACAGGCAGCAGGACGGCCACGAACUGCUGCGACACCUUCUCGACUCUCUCAGGAUGGAAGAGCUCGACGUCAUCAAAAGAAUGCAGCCUCCGCCAGAGAAGACUGUCAAGAAGAGAAGAAAGAAGGUGAAGCGACAGGGGCCCUCACUGUCCGCUGCUCAGGGUCCCACUCUGUUGGAGGAAGGGGCAGACAGAAGCAAAGAGCUGGUGCCGUUCGUGGACAACCUCUUCUGCGGCAAACUCCUCUCGUGUGUUGUCUGUGAAGGGUGUCGCCACGUCUCGCACACCUACGAGGACUUCUACGACAUAUCCUUACCCCUGCGCGGUGAGCCGGCUGAGGUGGCCCUGCGAAGCGCAAGGAAGCGCGAUCGAAUUCGAAGCAUGGCCGAUCGAUGGAGAAAGGCCACGGGAGGGACGAGGAGUGCGACGGGCAAUAGAGCUGCGACGACAAGCGAGGCUCUUGCUGCUGGCAUCCUGUCCGACACGUCAGCCUCUGGCGCUAUGAGCGAGACGGAAGAUCACCACGAAGCUCAGACGUUGAAAGUAAAGUCCCUUUCGAGGGGCAGGUCCAUCUCUAGGCCCAAGUCAGCCGGUGCCUCGAUCGAUAUGUCGGGAACGGCAAAGGACGACUUGAAGAAGGCGCUCAAGAAUGUUCCUUACUCCUUAGACGAAGAACGGGAUGGGGCAGCUACUCCAAUGGCAGACGACAUCGACCUGCACAAUUUGAGCCUCGACGACGUAGCCGAAGGGAGAAAGCCACGGCAUAGCCAGCCUCAUUCUGCAUCCCGGGAAAGGCAGGGAGGAGGUGCGGCAGCCCUCUUGCGAGCUGUGAGCGUCCGAAGCCGACCUGUGAGCCGCUCUGCAAGCCCCAUGGGCCAUCCCGACGAGGUGAUGCCCAGCAGCAUGUCUGGCACCGGAGGCGAGCCUGCUUCUCCGCAGACGCCCAAAUCUCAUCAUCGAACAGGUGCUAAGAGGGUCACCAAGCAGAGCCGACAGGGCGCCUACUUGGCCAAGCUUCUUGCUGAGCAGCCCCAAGUGCCAUCGCAGCAGCCGAUGACCGCCUCAGCAACGGCUGCCUUGCUGUGGGGGCGACGAACUCAGGCAGGAGCUGCCGUCGAGGGGACCCCGUCGGGUUCAUCUACCCCACUAGCUACAGCAAUGUCGCCAACAUCCUCGGCCGGUUCACACCAGGAGCGAGUCUCCGUGGUCAAAGCAGCAGCAGCACCCGCCUCUUCAGAUCAUGACGACAUUGAAACGACACAGGCGAAAACGGGCUUGGUCAAGGCCAUGAAUUCCUUUACAGCAGUCGAAGUCCUUGAUGGCGCCAAUAGCUUUGCGUGCAAGCGUUGCUGGCGACGUCUCAAUCCUCCGACAGCCGCCGAAAGGGAGACACUCGUGCGAAGGAGGCUUCGCAGGGGAAAGGCCGAGGAUGAGAGCGAAGAGAGCAGCGAUGACGAGACAUCGUCUGGCAGCGACCAGGAAGAUCGAGCCAAGUCAGCUACAAGCAAGAAUGACAACAGAUCUGUCGUUGAACCUCUAGUCCUGGUCUCUAGGCCGACGUCGCAAGCCUCCAACGCAGACUCGAUGUCAGACCUCGGAGAGGGUACGACGAUGAUCGUGGAUGACGUCUCAACGCCCUCGACUGCUGUGCCAAAGAUCCAAACAACAAGCCCUCAAAGUCCUGAAGAUGGCAGCUCGAAAUCUGAUGCGCUUCCUCAGUCAUCCGCACCCAAACUCAAGGCGCCCAAGCCUGUCUUGGCGGGCUCGAAUGGGAUCACCUUGGGACCGAAUAGCCUUUCUUCGAGCGGGAAUAGCUCCGACGGCGCCCUUUCGACAACAUCGGGUGACGAAGACGGUGGACCAGACGAAGAGAUAGUCAGGGUCACUUCAAAGCCCUCGAUCCAAUUCUUGGAGCAAGACCCUCCUUCAAGACCGGUGACGGCUCCUGCUGGGGCCAAGAGUGGCACAUCGACUGUUUCCGCUCCUGGAAUCGCCUCAAAUGGGCUUCGUCGCAAACGAUCAACGCAAUCGCUCCAGCGUCGAGCUCUGAAGCGAUUCCUUAUUUCCUCAACGCCUCGAGUUCUCGUCUUCCACUUUAAGCGCUUCCAAGCAACGGGUAGCGGGCGGUAUCCGGGAACCAGCUUCAAGAAGAUUGAUGAUGCCGUCUCUUUCCCAGCCUUUCUCGAUGUCAAGCCUUGGCUGGCUCCACCAAGAGAAGAGUACGAUCGACAUGGGAGGCUCAAGCCGACGAGUGACCCAAGGGCGCUGGAGAAGGCAAGGCUGGAGGAAGAGGCAAAGCACCUUGCUGAUCUCGGUGAAAAGCAGAGCCACAAGCAUCAUCACCUUUUUGGGCACCACCAUACCCUCAAUCGCCACCACUUCUUUGGACACGGAUCAAAGUCACAGCAACAACAAGAGCUGCUGGAUCGCUCGGGUGUCUCACCCGGACCAAAAACGAAGUACAGGUUGUAUGCCGUCGUCGUCCACCAAGGGUCGAUGUCUGGAGGACACUACACGGCUUACGUUCUUUCAGACCGCUGCAAUCUGCCUACGACUCCUAAGGUGGCUCCUUCCUCCUCUUCAGUUGCAUCCUCGUCCGUUGCAGGAGGAGACAAGAGCUCUUCUUCCACCUCAUCACCCAGAGCAAGACCGAGCGAUGACUCAGUCGGGGACCUCUCGGAGUCGUCACUUGGAGAGCCGCCCUCCAGCGAAGGCCAUGGUGAAAGCUACGCUCACAGCAAUGGCAGCAGCUCAGCUCCGAGGCUGUUGCAGCAGCAGCAGCAACAGCAACAGCAACAACAAGAGCGGAAGCCCGACGAGAGGCGGUGGAUAUACACUUCUGACACGAUGGUCCGACCGGCCACGCUCGAGGAGGUUCUCAAGGCUCAAGCUUACAUGCUCUUCUAUGAGCAGAUGUAGCUAUCCUCUUUUUCUCCGACUCUAUCCCGCUUGCUGACUGGCAUUACUCUACAAAUUACAACUAGCUAUGCACUACAACACGCAUCCUCUCUGAUAAUUAUAGCAUUUGUCCCGCACCUGCGAUC